GGCACACGCUCAUACACAACGCUCCAAGGUUUGGAGUGUCGAGAAAGGAAUCGACAUUCAUCGAGCAAUAUAUCUAUAGUGCUAGCAUUGGUUCGUUGUUACCUUCCACACUUGAUAGAGCGGAGCAAAUAUGUUCCAUGAACCAACAUCGUGUCCCAUAACGUUCUUGAAUCGUGAAAUAAAGUGAAAAGACGGCAUAUUCAGAGCCAAAAUGACCAAUAAAGGAUUGAUCUCUCUGCCCAAGUUGGGAGGAUUUUGGCGGGUCUUUAAGCCUUCCUCCUCAGAGCGAGCCUUCAGCUCAGCGGAUGAAGAGGACUUCAUCUUAUCGGACAUAGUGGAAGGCUUGGAGAGUGAUCACAAGAAGAAAACGGAUUAUGUCUCAUUCAAAAGGUCGCAUCCGGCCUCGGUGCCUAGUUGGAGGUCAAGGACUAGGUCAAGGGCCCCUUCACGCCUAAUGGAGCGAUAUGAAAAGCUCAACAAGGUGGGCGAGGGUAGCUAUGGGGUGGUCUACAAAUGUCGAGCCCGAGAUACUGGAGGUCUAGUGGCCAUCAAGAAGUUCACAGAGACCGAGGACGAUCCCUUGAUCCGCAAGAUCGCCUUGCGAGAAAUCCGAAUGCUCAAGAACCUCAAACACCCGAAUCUGGUCAACCUCAUCGAAGUGUUUCGCCGAAAGAGGAAACUUCACCUCGUGUUCGAAUUCUGUGAUUACACAGUUCUGAACGAAUUGGAAAAGAACCCCAAAGGUGUGGCUCUCCCAUCGACGUUAAGCAUGAUUUGGCAGACCUUGCAAGGCAUCAACUAUUGUCACUCUCACAAUUGCAUUCAUCGGGAUAUCAAACCUGAAAAUAUUCUCUUGACCAAGGAAGGUGUGGUCAAGGUCGGAGAUUUUGGCUUUGCCCGAGUUUUUACUCCCGGGGACAAUUUCACCGAUUAUGUGGCCACUCGAUGGUAUCGAGCCCCCGAGCUCUUGGUUGGUGACACCCAAUACGGCCCGAAAGUGGAUGUUUGGGCCAUUGGUUGUGUCUUCGUGGAACUUGUCAACGGUGAGGCUCUUUGGCCCGGCAAGUCUGACGUGGAUCAAUUAUACUUGAUUCGUAAAAACGUUGGUGAUCUGAUUCCGAGGCACAUGCAGAUAUUCAAAUCCAACGAGUUCUUCUGCGGGCUGAGCAUUCCAGAUCCAGGCACAAUGGAUCCAUUGGAAAGGAAGCUGAAGACUACAGUUGCUGGCACACACGAUUUCAUGAAGAGAUGCCUGGACAAAGAUCCGGCCAAACGAUGGACUUGUGAGGAGCUUCUUCACCACCCAAUUUUCAGACUCCACCCUUUCAAGACACCAAAGAUCUACGACAAUCCGCAGAAACGAGAUACCAAUAGCAACGGAUCCAUAUUACCACCGGUUCAAAAUGGUGGUGGCUCUCAUACGGGCAGCCCAGAAGGCAGGAAUGGCUAUGGAGGCCAGGCCAAGAGGUCGGAUGGACAUCAUUUCCCUCUCAUAUGACGACAGAAAGCGGAAAAACAGAAGAACUUCUUUAAACCCACUCUCCUACCGUAUUUGAACUUAUGACGACAACAACAACAACAACAACAAACCUGUUGGUUUAUUUUCUCAUUGUGGCCAAAAUUCGAGGCCACUUUUAUUCGAGGUUUUAUAUGUCGUUUCAUUCAGAGCAUUGGCUAUGGAGGCCUCAUUGAGGACCAGAGUACU